AUGCAGACCAAGAACAAACUCCGCCACGUGGAGCCUGAGGCCCUCAAGAAGGAGGUAGUGAGCCCUCAACUCGUGCCUGGCUCCAGCAUUGGGACCGGGCUGAUGGCGGGCCGACCCUUGCAGUUCUCUCUCAAGCCCAAGGUGAGCCACCCCAGUGCCAAGCUGAGUAACCAGUCUGCCCAGGGCCGGCCCAUCCCCGAGUGGAAGCGCCAGGUGAUGGUGCGCAAGCUGCAGCUGAAGAUGCAGGAGGAGGAGGAGCAGCGGCGGAAGGAGGAAGAGGAGGAGGCCCGGCUGGCCAGCAUGCCUGCUUGGAGGCGGGACAUCCUGCGAAAGAAGCUAGAAGAGGAGAGGGAGCAGAAGCGAAAAGAGGAGGAGCGACAGAAGCAGGAGGAGAUACAGCGUGAGAAAGAGCAGUCGGAGAAGCUGCGGACACUGGGCUACGAUGAGACCAAGCUGGCGCCCUGGCAGCGACAGGUCAUUCUGAAGAAGGGAGACAUCGCUAAGUACUAG